CGAAGAAUCCCAUGUGGGGUGGAUGAAGAUUCAUACAUGUUGACGACUCUUGAACUAUUAAUGUCUCCAUGUGUUGAUGGAUUCAAAGCCUGAAAAUCAUUUACAUGGUAUUGGUGCUUCAACCUAAACUAGCUUAAUUGAUCUUCUAUUAUUGAAGUGGAGAUUGCAUCCGAAAGCCUUUCAAUGGCAGAUUAUUCCAAAAACACAAAAUGGAAGUACCAUGUUUUCUUGAGUUUUAGGGGAGAAGACACACGCUUGGGUUUCACCGACCACUUAUAUGCAGCUUUGGUGCGAAAGAGUAUCAUAACUUUUAGAGAUGAUGAAGAACUUGCCAGAGGUGAAGUCAUCUCUCAUAAACUCCUCCUUGCAAUUGAGGAAUCUCUCUCUGCAAUUGUCAUAAUCUCCAAAAACUAUGCUUCCUCGUCUUGGUGUUUGGAUGAGUUAGUUAAGAUUCUUGAAUCCAAACAUGUGCUGGGACAAGAUGUGUUUCCAGUCUUCUAUGGUGUGGAUCCCUCUGAUGUAAGGAAUCAGAGGGGAAGUUUUGCAGAAGCUUUUAGAAAACAUGAAGAAAAAUUUAUAGAAAACAAAGAGAAGGUGCAAAAAUGGAGAGAUGCAUUAAAAGAAGUUGCUAACUUGUCAGGGUGGGACUCUAAGGAUCAACAUGAAACAACUCUCAUUGAAGAAGUUGUUGCACAAGUAUGGAAGAAACUAGAACCCAAAUUCCCUACAUAUAACGAUGGACUAGUUGGAAUUGAUACAAGAUUAGAAGAUUUAUAUUCAACUUUGAAGCUAGGAUUGGAGGAUGUUCGUUUCAUAGGGAUAUGGGGCAUGGGUGGUAUAGGUAAAACAACUCUCGCGACUGCUCUUUUCAAGAAAAUUAGAUGCCAUUUUGAUGUUAGUUGCUUUGUUGCCAAUGUUAGAGAGGUCUCUGGGGAAAGAAACGAAGGUUUCGUGCAGUUACAAAAUAAAAUUCUUUUUCGUCUAAAUAUAAAAGGAAUGUUAAUUGAAACUUCAAGCCAAGGAAAGGACAGCUUAAGAAACCUUUUGUCCAACAAAAAGGUUCUUCUUGUCCUUGAUGAUGUAAGUUCUAAAAGCCAACUUGAGAAUUUGGCUGGAAACCAAGAUUGGUUUGGUCCAGGGAGUAGAAUUAUAGUAACAACUAGGGAUAAGCACCUGCUCAUAUCUCAUGUAGUACUGUUUGAGAUGUAUAAGAGUAAAAUCUUAAACGAUAAUGAAUCCCUUCAACUCUUCUGUGAAAAAGCAUUUAAAAAAGAUGAACCUAGAGAGGAUUAUUUGGAGUUGUCUAAAAAUGUUGUUGAAUAUGCUGGAGGCCUUCCUCUGGCUCUUGAAGUGUUGGGUUCUUUUCUUUGUGGAAGAAGUAUAUCUGAUUGGGAAGAUGCUUUGAUUAAGAUUAAACAAGUUCCACAUGAUGAUAUCCUCAACAAACUUAGAAUAAGUUAUGACAUGCUAGAAGAUGAGCACAAGACCAUAUUUCUAGAUAUUGCUUGUUUUUUUAAGGGAUGGUACAAACAUAAAGUGACACAAAUAUUGGACAAUUGCGGCCUUCAUCCAACAAUUGGAUUAAAUGUUCUUAGAGAAAAAUCACUAGUAACUUACAAUGGAAGAGUUAUUGGGAUGCACGAUCUACUUGAAGAAAUGGGAAAAACUAUAGUUUUUCAAGAAUCACCGAAUGAUCCUGGUAGACGGAGUAGAUUGUGGUCUCUAGAGGAUACUGAUCAUGUGCUGAGAAAAAAUAAGGGAACGGAAAUUGUCCAAGGUAUAGUUUUGAAGUCAUCACCAUCUGAGCCAUAUGAAGCACAUUGGGAUCCUGAGGCCUUCUCAAAAAUGUGUAAUCUUAGAUUACUCAUUGUAUUAUGUGAUUUGCAUCUUCCCCUUGGUCUCAAAUGUCUUUCUAGCUCACUAAAAGUGCUUGUAUGGUCGGGAUAUCCAUUGAAUGCUUUGCCACUUGGAGUUCAACUAGAUGAGCUUGUUCACCUACAAAUGAUCAAUAGCAAAGUUAAGCAACUAUGGAAUGGAACUCAGUAUGUUGGAAAGCUGAAAGUGAUUGAUUUGAGUAAUUCCAAAGAUCUACGACAAACUCCAAAUGUUACUGGAGUUCCAUAUCUUGAAGAGCUUUAUCUUAAAGAUUGUACAAAACUUGUUGAAGUUCACCAAUCUAUCGGACAACACAAAAAGCUCCGGAUAUUGAGCUUUAUAGGAUGUGUAAACCUUAAAACCUUUCCAAGUAGAUUGGAAAUGUGUUCCCUCAAAAUGUUUUAUCUUUCUGACUGCUCAAAGGUUGAAAGACUUCCGAAUUUGGGGGUAAAUAUGACAUGUGUCUCAGUGCUUAAUUUAAUGAAUUGCAAAAAUCUUUUUUGCCUGCCAAAUACCAUUGGUAACUUGAAGUCUCUUAGAAUUCUCAACAUAUCAGGAUGCUCAAAAGUUUGUUGCCUGCCAGAUAAUAUAAAUCAAAACAAGGCUUUGGAGGAUCUUGACUUGAGUGAAACUGCUAUUAGCGAAUUGGAUCUAUCAACACUUCAGUUGUGGAAUCUCAAAAGGUUAUCUUUAAGGGGUUGUAGUGGGCCAGGAUCCAACACCAGCAGGGACUUGCAUCUUCCUUUUGGGUGGAAAUUUAGUUUUACCCCAGCUCCUACAAGCUUAAUAUUGUCUCCUUAUAUUGGCUUCAGUCUUUCCUCAUUAACUGUUUUGAAUUUAAGCUAUUGCAAUCUCACUGAUGAGUCAAUUCCUUUACGUCUCUAUCGCUUAUCAUCGUUGGAGAGACUAAUUUUAAGUGGGAACAAUUUUGUACGCUUUCCUGGUCACUUCAUUGCUAGUAUUCCGAGGCUUCGCCGUGUUGAAUUGGAAGAUUGCUCAGAGCUUCGAUCUCUGCCUGUGGUUCCACCACAUGUUCGCCUGUACUUAGAAGAUUCAGCUGCAAUGGAAGCUAGUUUAGUAGAUCAAGAAAAGCUUUGGAAGCUGUUUGAAUCAGGUGACAAAGAGCUCUUUCAGUCAGCAGUAUCUGACAUUAUGUGUCAGCUUCUGUUCGUUGAAAUCCCACCAUGGCUUGAUAAUAAAAAUUUUGUCCCCUUGAGCUCAUCGAAUGUCUCAAAACAUGAUUCAAUUGCAACACUAAUAAUGGACAUUCCUGAUGAUUGUCGUUCAAGUGAUUGGUGGGGAGUAGCCGUAUUUGUGUCCUUAAAAGCCGAAGUUUAUCGGGAUAUUUUUGAACGUGUUCCGCUCAAAAUGCGCCUUUUUUGGAGCUUUGACUCUCUCGAUCCUGAGGAUGGCCCCUCCUUAUCACUGGCCUCAAGUUCAAUUGCAUAUAAUGACAUAUACAUGUUAACAAUGAUAGUAAGUGGUGAUUAUAUAUACAUUCGGCAACACAGUAGAAGGAACGGCGAGUUCACCCAGCAUCCCUUUAGCAAGCAUCCAAAGCCAGAGUUCAGGCAAAACAGUACGCUGCGUUUUGAAGCACAAGUGGAAGGGCGCAAUAUAAGGAAGUGUGGGUGGCGUGUGUUACGCAAGGAAGAUAGUCUUCAAGCCUUGCAAAAGGUAAAAGACAGCGAGCUUUUUGAGACACGUUCUGAUUCCGAGCAUUCCAGUGGCAUGAGCAAAACAUUGGAAAUUCCAAUAAUGGCAGAGUAUGCCGUUACUGCUUUGGGUGACCAAAACAAGGAAAAAUCCACUGAGAACUUGUGGUUGGGAAAAAGACAGGGAGUGGGUUUAAGCGUGGUAGCUUUGAUGUCAAUGAUGGCCGUUGGGGCUACAAUAUUCCUUUCGCAUAGGCAGGGUUCGGGCUUUAAACAACACACCACAACGAAUGAGGCAGCAGCUAAACUAUUCAAAUCACGUUGGGGUUCCAAUGGAAGUGCAAUUAAGGUCAAUAAAUCGCAAUUCCCACGCAAACAUAACACAAAUGCGAGCCAGCGAUUGUCAUUUUCAGCACAUCACCCACCAAGGAAGCUCAGUUUCUCUCCGAGUCAUUACUGUUCUUACUUUACUAGAUGAGAAACCUUAUGCUCUAUGAUAGUUU